AAAACAUUCGCCUUCAGUAUUCAGCACAAAAUCAAAUUCAAAAUGUUUAUAUAAUCUAAAUAUUUAUUAUACUUAAAUAGCAUGGCCAAUUAGAAAAUAUUUAGAUUAUUUUUCUACAUUGCACAAAUAGAUUUAAAAAAAACAUGGAUUCUCAACAGCUUCACGACAUCAAGAAGGGAGGCCCUACACCUCAAACGGAAACGGCGCAGACAGACUCGAAAAAGAAGAGAAGAAAGAAGCGAGCCCAACCAGCAACUGAUAAAAGUACAACAUCUACGUCGAGUGCUGCUUCAGAUAGUGGACCCAAGAUUGAAGAUCAGGGGAAAGAAGAGUUCUAUGAUGCCAAGGGAAGCGUGCAUGCCUUACCAGAGAGUCAAGCAAAGCCAGCUGCAACUAUAGUUCUCGCACAAGCACACUCUGAACAUGGACAAGAUCCUAAAGCACCCGUAGCCGAGAGAACGUCUGCCACGCAACGCCAGCCUUCCACUAUAACGAAACCUGUAGCACCACCCGAUUCUUGAUGUGAAGGUCAAUGAAAUAGAAGA